CGAAUGUCAUAAAUUACCAUUUUUAUAUCACUUGUCAUCCAGACGCUCUACUUUGAAAAAUAAAGCGGCUGGAUGAUCGAGACUAGGCGGUCUACGGAAUCCCCACUUCCGCUAAAAAGCGAAAGUAAAAAAGCUUGGUUUCUAAUCGGAUAAAGAGAUACAAAUAAUGAUUGUAAUGUGCAGCGACUCAAUUUAACCCAACCACUUGAGGUGUUUGCUUCAUCUGAAUCGACAGCCAAGAACUGUAACUUAAAUUCAUAUCUAAAGGAAAUAUUUUGCAAAAGAAGAACUUAUACCAGAUUAUGCCAUUCCUAAUUUUAUGGAUCUUCAAGUAAUACAUCAAAAUGUACGAAGUGUUUAUUCUGUAUGAUGAUACAGAUGGAUUUACUCAAAAAACUCUUUUUCCUAUUUUCGAUAACCAAAAGCUGGAAUAUUGUUCAUUUAAUCAUUUUCCAGAAAAGACAAGAAGGGACAGCAUAAAGACAUUAGAUUCCUUUCCUGAUAAAAUACUUAUCAUAUUAUCUGAGGAGUUAUGUCAAAAUGAAAUUGAAAAAUAUGAUAUUCAUAAUGUUCUUAUGUAUGCCGUCGAAAUAUACGGGAAUGCUAGUAAAGUUUCUAAUCGGGUUAUUACUUAUAAAACUACUGGAUCAAUAACUAAAGAGAAUGGUUUAUUUCCACUGUUGAAAACUACUAUCAUUUGUAACAUAUCAGAUGAAUCCAUCAAGGAUCUUGUAUUGGAGAUCAGAUUAAAGAUCAUGCCAUUUUGUAACAUUCUGGCUAAAAAUGAACUUGUUGGAACUUUAGGUAUGCAUGGAUUAAGCAUAAAACAUUUAGAAUCACAAAUAUUUGGUCUUACAAUUUCAACACAAAAUCUCUGUUUACAAAUAGACUUGGAUGAAUAUUUCAGAUAUCGCAAAAAACACCUAGAUCACAAAACCGUAGACGUUUUGGGACAAACGCAAGUUUUAAGAAGUCCUUAUACUAAAGUAUUGAUAAUAAUAGAUAAUAAUUUAGACAGAUUCAAAGAAGCCGUGUCCGAUAUUUCUGAUAUAUGUUCAUCUUUAAUUAGUUGUACAAGUGACUUUAAACCUAUGAAUUUAGUGUGUUCUGUUGCUGGAAAGUAUGAUUCUGCUGAAGAAAACUCUCUCAAGGGCAUUUACCCAAAUGCAUGGUACGCUGUUUCACGAAAAGUUGUUGCUGAUUUUGCACAGCCACGUUUUGAAAAAUAUAGUUGUGUUGAAGAAAGAAAGAAUUCAUUUCCUUCAGUAUGGAUUGAAAAUGAUCUAGACCAGGUUAGCAAAAUAGCCAAAGCUGGUUUUUUCUACCCAGGAGAUGGAUUAAAUGGACAAUGUUUUUCUUGUAGUUGCAGGCUUACAAAUGUAAAAUUUUACACAAAUCCGCUUACUAAACAUGCUUCCCAACACCCAGACUGUAAAUUCAUCAAAGAAACUUUACCAGAGGAAGAAAUACAGAAUGCAAUUUUGCAAUUCAACGAUGUUAAUACCAAAAAUUAUUUUGCAUCUCAACUUGAAAAAACGUAUUGCACUUUAAAAUCUAGAAAGGAAACCUUUAAAGGUAGUGUUUGUAAUAUAAGUGCAUCGGAUGUAGAACGAUGGGCAGAAGCUGGAUUUUAUUGUGUUGCGUUGAAUACUAUUCAGUGCUUCAAAUGUUGUGUUAGACUCUUUCACAUUCCACAAAAUGUAAACAUUUGGACAAUACAUGCAAACAUAUCUCCAACAUGUCCGUAUGUAUAUGAAAAGAAGGGAAAUGAAUUCUUAUCAGAUUUGCGCCUUUCCAAAAAACUUUCAAUUUGUCCAGAGCAAACAAUCAUAACGAUUAAAGGAAUGCAUGACAGUACUCAAACUGACACUGAAGAUGAGAAUACCAAAACCGAGACUGGGGAAUAUCUUUUCAGACCAUGGUAGUCACAACACAGGUCAUAAGAUAGCAGAGAUAUGUUUAGUUUUAGUUUGACUGUUUAUAACGCUUAACGCUUACAUACCAUAUAACUAAGAUGUAUAAUGAAAUUGAGAAUGGAUAUGGGAAAUGUGUCAAACAGACAACAUCCCGACCAUAGAAAAAACAACAGCAGAAGGUCACCAACAGGUCUUCAAAGUAGCGAGAAAUUCCCGCACCCGGAGGCGUCCAAUGAGUAUGUUUGUGACUUUAAAUACAAUAGUAGGCUACAACCAAAACAGAGAACCUUAUCAAUCCACUUUCAUCAUAAAAUGGAAGAGAAAAGAUUAUGCAUAUUGGAUUAGGAUGCAUAUAUUGAACAGCAGUAUACUACUGUUGCCUUUAUUUACAACUAUAUGUUUCUAUCCAACCUUCAAAAUGAGACAAAACCAUAACUUAUUUGAAGCUUUUAAAAGCCCUGGCAAGACAAGUUUGCAUCACAUCAGCUUAAUGGUUUCAGACAAUUUGAAAUGUUUGGAAAAUGAGUAAAUCAUGUUUGAAUCAUUAUACAAGAUGUGUUAUGAGAACUAACGAUACAACUCUUCAUCCCAGUCAUAAUGUGUAAAAAGAAAACAAUUAUAUACAUAAGAUAACGUUUGAUUAGAAAACUAAAGAAAUUAAAGUAUAAUAUGUCGUCCUUAUUGAGCCUUAUAAACAAAGCCGUGUUCUAAUUGCACAAAAUAUGUUUGACGCAUGUGAACAAACUUUCUGUUUAUAUUUGAUUAUUUUCAUUGUUAGACAGUAAAAUAUAUUUAGCAGCAGGUACUUCCGUACAUUUCGACCUAUUAGAAUACUGCAUUUGUCCUUUUAGAAUCGAAAUAAUUCCGUCAUGUUCUGUGCUCAUUUUUUUAACAUGGGUAGGCAUUAUAUUUGUCGAGAUUUUCUAAAUAAAAAACAUCAUUAUUUCAGUUGGAUGAGCACCCCAGAUUUUUUUUAUUAUGGUUUAAUGCAUUUUUUAAUAUGAAACUAUUAAACUAUUGUUAUCAUUCAACAAUAAAUAAACAGAAAACAUAAUAUAACUGUAUUUCAAACUUUACAUAUAAUAACAAAUCAUACAUAUACAUAAACUAUUUUGUUAACAAUGGCAUUACUAGUCUCGAUGCACCAGAGUUAUCGUUCUUACAGCCAACAUUACAGUAAAAUGAAAUAGAUAGAUAGAAUGUCUCGAAAAUCACCAAUUUUAUUAUAUCUGCACCAAAUGUCAGUU